AAACACCAGGAAUACUGCCUGUCAGACUUUUUGAUGGUGAUCUCGCAUUUCAUUUCCAUUUUUUUUAAACUGGAAACUUUAAAUCCAUGAGAACUCAGUAAACGCCAUCUUCUAGGAAAGGCCGUGAGAUGUGGUUGAAGCCUCCCCAAAACCUACUAGUAGUGUGUACUGCAGUGCUGGACAGAGGUUUCGUUGGCCGUGACCAUGGAAAGCCUUGGAUUCAGCAUUGCAGAUUCAUUGAAAGCAGAGCAGCGCAUGAGGGCUGACCGGCCUCGAGGGUUAUUGUUAUGCUUGGCCCCACAGAGCGGCGCCUGCAGCCCUGAGUGGGUGUGCGGUUGCUCCUCCAUCUGCCGCGAUGUGGGGAGGCCCAGGUGCUUUUUCAGAAGCCACAGUGGAAACAGAGCCGUUGAGCGAGUGCAAAGUCAGGCUUUCUUCUGGCAGUACGAGCGGAGUCAGCCCGUUUUAAACGCUGUGGCUCUCAGAUCAAAUCAGAGCUCGCCAGUGAGCCAUCACAGUGCGUGUCCUUCGACAGGAAAAGCCCAACCUCGGGCUAUCAUGGCUGCAAACGACUGUCCUACUGAGCAAGACGAUGAAUCCCCUCCAGCUGCUGCAGAGGAUCCCAUAUCAAAACAUCAGGAGCUUCCUAGUCUGUGUGUACAAACAAAGCUAAGGGAGUACCAAGAGGAUUUCCAAAAGGGUCGUCAUGAAGUCACCCUUGGCCACCAGCACGUACUGCAUCAUUUCCUGUUCGUCCGAACAGUAGAGUACGCCUCAUCGGGCUCCCUCAGUGUGUUCACGCCUCGGCAGCACAUCACCCGAUCCUGCUCCUCCCUGCGCACCUGUCGCCCAUUAAGCUGUAACGUGUAUACACCCGCCUCCUCGCUCCAGUUUGCUCAGCGGCUCAGCUGUCAGCCCACGACGCUCACUCCUCCCUAUUGUUCAACCCUGGAAGCUGUAGCCGUUUUUUUUUUCCUUUUUUUUUUUUCAGCAUUUAACAUAUUCACGCUUAAAUAAUAUCAAAAUGAAGUCAGCUACACAUUAAGAAAAACCUGGACACUCACACGGAUUGCUUGAUUUUUGAGCCCUGUCGGUGGUCGCUGCUGUCCCAGGAUGCAAUGCAGACUGUAGAAAAAAGUUAGGAGGAUAAUGUGACAACUCCACUGUCAUAAUAUUCCUACCUUUUAUUAAAACUGUAAAGAACAUUAAAUUAUACUGGCUGCUGAAACAAAAAUGUACACAUCACUGCAAAAUAUAAAUUUUAGGGAGAGUUUUUUUUUUUCAGUAGUAGGACUGAAAUUGCAUAAAAAAACAUGUGCUCCAUGUGACGUUCACUUGUUGAGCACAAAUCAUACGGUUUACCAGCCUUUACGCAUACUUUGCCUCAGGCCACACUUAAAUUGUUAUGGUAUCUCUGCCAUUGCACCUGUCAACUAUACAGCAUGCUGCCUGCAAUAAACAAUGCAGACUGUGAGUCAGUCUGUAAUGUCAUUCCAGCAGUUGUUUCAUGAUGCAGGCUUGUACAAUUUCAUGUUUUAAUCUCCACUUUCUCUCAGUUGCUUUCUGUAUUUCAGAGAUUGACUUUAAGCGGUUGAAAGCAUUCAACUGGUUUGUUUUUUUAAAAACAUUUUUUAUUAAGUCUCUGUGAGGCUAAAGUAUUCUCUUCAGAGUCUCCUGGCUGUGUUAUUGAUCGCAGAUGAGGCCUUUACACGAAACACCCAUUGGGAAAUUAAAAUCUCUUGAC